UUCUCGUUGUUUUAAAUGAUCUGUUGGAUGGGAAGUUACCAGAAAAUGUUAUUGUUCCUGAUCCAAACCAUUACAAAAGUCUGAAGGAAAUCUGGCAAGUUUGCUACACUAUUACUUCAAGAAGCCAAUCAGAAACUAAAAUGCUGUUGGUUGAAGCCAAGAAAAAGAGAUCUGAACUUCUUGUGACAUCACACGAAUUAACCGUGGUCUCCCCUCGGAAUUCAGAUGAAAAAAUAACCCAUGCCAAAGCUUAUUCAAGAGCAGUAAACGAGAUCACCCAGUAUUUAAUGAAGAGAAAUGCGAUUGGAGACCUGAAAGACUCUGUGGGGCGGAUAAUUGAGCAGGAAUUUCAAGAGUUUUACAAAAGAGGCACCUGCCGAUUCAAAAAUGCAUUGAAAACGGUGUGUAUAAAUCCGACGUUUCUAAAUCCUGACACUGAGCAAUGGCAAGUCGACUACUCAUUGUGCCCUUUCCUUGGCUAUCUUCCAUUAUCGCAAGAAGAACUAAUAACGUCAGUCAAAGACAAAAUUCUUCUACCCACCUGCCAAAAAAUUCUGAAAAACACAGUGGAUUCCUACCGAAGUCGUGUUGCAGACAUCCAAGUAUUUUUCCACUUACAAGAUGCCCUGGAAUUUUGUUUCACGGACGCAAACAAGUUUGACGUCAUCGACUGUUCUAACCUCGUAGAUCGUGUCGGACUUGCCAAUAUCCUCAACGCUGCAAGUGGAAAAUUGACGAAUAAUCCGGGAGCCAUUUUGUUUACUGUAAGUAGGGAUUGGGCUGAAUUCACUCCUACUGUAGAGAUGUACGUCGAGCAUGUUCUUUGCUGCCCUUUGAGGAUGAUCCCCACAAUUUAUGGAUUAAAACUGAAUGAGCACGUGGAACUUGGAUCUCGGUGUCCCCCCAGUUUGCAUUUUGGCGUCCCGGCAAACCUUUCCUGGCAGAAAGCAAUUCCUUUUCAGAACAUUGUUAUGUCUCCUUCCCCCUCUUUGACGGAUUUUUUGAACAAUCUGGAAGAGAAAUGUUUCGUUGUCGAGUGCUUUCCAAACCCCAGUCAGGUUUUAAGUUAUCGAAUGGCGUUGUUAGAGAGGCAUCAUUUCUCUCCGUUAACAUUUCACUACAUCGUCAGCUCCAUGAGGCAGCGCCUUGGAGGAGAUCACUGGAUUAAAUAUGCUCACCUAUGGAAUACUUCUGCCCUUUUCAACAUGACAAGACGUACAUUGUAUGCCUGGGAAGAGGGCCUGGAAAUUUUGAAGAUUACAGCAGAAAUACCCAUCAACUCUAUUAAUAGAGAUGCAUUAAAGGUUUUGAUUCCGCAAUUGGGUUUAGCUACUUUUCGCUUGGUUCUCAUGCCUUGUAGUGCGACAACCAGCAAUUUUGUUCACGGAAUUGUUCGAGAAUAUAGAAAAACCACUUUUUCCUAUUCGAGGGAAUCUUACGUCAUCGAUAAUUUUUCUCUAGAGAUGAAAGAAAAAAGCGAGAAAAUUGUCGCUACCUUUUUAAUUGCGUCUGAUCACAACCUUCCUGAAGUGUACAGUGGAUACGUGAUUGAAAGUGUGAAUCAUCUUCCUGUGCUCAGUUUCGGUUCUCUGAAAUCCAUGCACACUGAAAAGUUUCAUCUUCCUUACCCGUUUUCUCGUCCAACACCUUCCCCUGUUGUUGUUCCCCGUCCUGGGGAAUCGUCAAUAAAAGUCACCAGCUGUAUCGAGUCCGAGAAUGAAUUUAAACUGAAGAUAAUUUUCGAUUGUAAACAAAAUGUUUCAGGACUAACACUUUCCACAGACCAAUCGGAACCUUGCCAGUCUGCCCAUCAAGUGACUCUCUCUUUAAACCAGCCUUCUAAGAGGAAUUCUUUGACGUUGUCAUUUCCUUAUCCUAUUCUUGUCCCCGGACUCUGCGGUACUCUUCAUCUUAAAGACAAUUUUAGUGAACUUACAUUGAAGAAAGGAUGGUGGGAGCCGUGGCCAGUUGAGUUCCAGUCGAACGAAGAAUGGAAAUUGAAUAUUGAUUCUUUGAAACCUUGGGAAAAUUAUGCGAGCCGUUCCAUUUCGGAAAUUGGCUGCACCGCCUUGGAUUUCCAUAUCAAACUGCAAUUUAACUUGGAUUUUAAAUUGAAUGAUCCAAGGCCAAAAGAUGUAUCUCGGGUUAUAGAACCUUCCCACUGGAAUUUGAGGGCUGAGCAACGGAACGAGAAAGAAGCUUUACAAUCUCUCCGGAAAAGGUUCAGUUCGCUUCUUCACCAAACUACACAGGAUCUCGAUUUUUUUGGCAUUCAAUCAACUGGAUCGUUAACUAAGGAUUGGUGCAUCAUGGCUUUAAUCCACAAGCCCCUUCUCACAUCUCCUCUGGGCAGUCCGGUUCUAUUGUUGACUGUGAUUGACAAACAGAUGGCUAAUAUCCUUAAGAAACAAGGGAAAUUAAACGAGGAGACAUGUACGAAGGAACAAUCAAGAGCGAUGAAGAGUGUGUCAGGGAAAUCGGGAGAAAUUUUCUCUGUUGAACCCUCCGAAUUGUUGCUAUGGAACUUCAUUUUGAGACUCAACUCGACUAAAAUCGUGCCUGGUUCAGAGCAAACAAGACUCCUUCCUUCGGGAAUGAACAGCUCUUGGUUGUUUGCUACGUUUAUGACUCCCUUUUACGUCGAUGCUCCUGUUAAUUACAAUGACGUCCGCACGACAACUAACGACGAAAAUUGCUGUGGAGCUUGCAAAAAAGUCCCCCAAAAUCCGAAGCGUUGCGGUCGCUGCCAUUCCAUCGUUUAUUGCAGUUUCGAGUGUCAACAUUCUCAUUGGCCAAUGCACAAACUGCUGUGUAAGCGCAACUAGUAAAAACAAACCAGCACAUCCCAAGUCCGUUCUUGUUCAAUUUUUCAUUGUUAAUUAUGCGGUAAAUUUAAUUGUUCAUACCACAAUCUUAUUGGAAUGUUGAUAAGCAAGUGUUUGAUUGUUGCCGGCUAUUGUUUGUUUUUUCUGUUUUUUUGUAAUCGGUAUAAAUUGUUGUAUUCAGAGUAAAAUCUUCAUUCAGAAAAAAGAAUCUUAUGGUUACAGCCGUUACAGUACUGUAAGUUUGAUAUAUCCGAACUCCAACACGCGGCAACAGCAACAAUGACCCUACUUUUUCCAUGAGUAAGAAUAUAGAGUCUGGAAAAACGUUGCACAUCUUAGUCAAAUACAGUAAUAUUUUUCCUCAA